AUGCCGACUCCAACUACCCCGCUUGUUGAUCACAUCGUGAUUUUGAUCCCAUAUUCCUUCCUCUCCGCCCCGCCCUCCUGGUUUGCAGACCUAUUUCACUUCUACCCCGGUGGCCGGCACUCCGACGGACUAACCGAGAAUACCCUCGUGCUACUAGCUGACGGCUCGUACCUCGAGUUCAUCGCCUUUGUACCGGGGGCCGACCCGGCGAAGCGCGCUGCGCACCAGUGGGGCGGGAAGAAGGAGGGCACGGUUGUAGAUUGGGCGGUUACUCUGCGGUGUCCGUCUACGCCUCCCUCCGUAAAAGAGGAGGCGAAGUUCCUGGAGCAGGAAAAACACUUCCACGAGAUCCAAGAGAAGGUCCGCGAUGCGAAAGCCGGAAUCGUGUAUGGAGACCUAAGGCGUGGAGGGAGGACUCGGCCCGAUGGCAAGGUGUUGAAGUGGGCGGUUGCGUUCCCGAAGCACGACGAUGGGAGUCCGGUUGAGCCGGGGACUGUGCCGUUCUGGUGCCUGGAUGUUACGGCUCGGAACCUGCGAGUGCCGUAUACCACUCCGAGAGCCACGAAACAUCCGAUUGGCGCGGUUGGAGUUGCGAAGAUUGAGAUUCUACCUGAGAACCGAAAGACUGUUGAGAGCGCCGGGGUCGUCUAUGAUACUAUCCUUGAUACUAAGGAGACUGCGGAAACUGGAGAAUCGUGGAAGAUCAGAAAUCUGUUUGGCGAGAGUGUUCAUUCCGGGGGAAUUGUUCAUCUAGAUACUUCAAAUAAGCCGGCUAGAGUUAACAUAUCGUUCUUCACGAAUGAUCUACGUCUGGUUGGGAAAUCAGUGGGCGGCAAGGUUGAUGAAGACCAUAUUCUUAUGUUUCACUUAGUGGCUGCGUUUGAUGACAAGGUGUAA